CAGGUCUCCAAGUGAGUAACACAAAGGAAAGGAGAAGCUUCUGUGGAUCAAACUUAAACCAAUCGGACUAUUCUUGUGGAUUUUCCUCUUACGGAUCAUAGAACAAGCCUGCAAACAUGCCCGUGUCAAGGAUGAGGAUGAGGCCAUGGCUGGAGAAGAUGAUCGAGUCAAACUCCAUUGCGGGUCUGACUUGGGUGGACAAGGAUAAGACGAUGUUCUCAAUUCCCUGGAAGCAUGCAGCUCGACAUGGCUGGGAACUGGACAAGGACGCAUGUCUGUUCAAAAAGUGGGCCAUCCACACAGGGAAAUACGUGGAAGGACAGACCUGUGACCCAAAGACAUGGAAAGCCAACUUCCGGUGUGCAAUGAACUCACUGCCUGACAUCGAGGAGGUGAAAGACAAGAGCGUCAACAAAGGCCACCAAGCUAUGCGUGUAUUCAGGAUGUUGCCUACCACCCCAAAAUCUAGAGAUAAACGAAGCAAAGCGAAGGAGACAAAGCCAAGGAAGAAGAGCUCAGCGAUCAAAAUGGAAGAAGACACGGACUACAGUGAUACUCAGUCUCCCAUGAAUGAGUCAAUGCCGGAAGACACUUUGUCUACUCAGGAGAACACAGUUGACAGCACAGUGCACACAGAGCAGCAAGAUUUUCCCUUUGUGGCUCAAUCUGAAGUUCCUGACUGGUCUUCGACAGUUGUGAUCGGGCUUGAGAACUUCAACAGCUUCAGCCACAAAUUUGAAGUUUCACCUGAACACGAUUUUGAUGUCGACUAUAGCGACGACAUUAUCCAGAUUUGCCAGCAACUGGAGAAAGACUCACACUGGUUGUCAAGCAGUUUAGACGGCAGGGGGUUCCUGAGCAAUGAAGCAUGCACCAGUCCAGGGAGCCAGUGGAGUGAAUCUUCCUCAGUCGACGAACUAGACGAAAUGCCACAGUACACAACUUUGGGCUCAGACCUCACAAGUCCCACAGACAACGUCUGGAACAACCUUUGUCAACAGAUCUCACCCAUGCUCUGAGGACUUCAGGACAGGAAAGGACAGUUUUGUAGAACUAUUCCAGUCCGACAACUUUCCCAUCUGAGCCCUCUUUCUCUGUGGAAUCACACAACAUCAUUUCUCCAGUCCAAGCUGGAUGGGGACCACUCUUUAAGCUAAACCCCCUUCCCCCGCGCCGUGUGUGUACAGUACGGCAAGCUUUCCUCAUCUCCCUCAACUUCUCAACAACUCUUCUGUGAAGUCAUGAAGACAAGUUAUGCAAUGAACUGCUGUGUUUAUGAAGACCCCACAUACUGUUCAUUUCCUAUGUGUUUGGCUGGUUCAGGGUGCACAGAAAUCAGCAGGCCAUGUACAUGAUUAUACUCUGCCAGGAGGUAGCCAAUACUUACCUCAAAAUACAAAUAGGAUCAUACUCAGUAACAUUUGACAGGUAGUUUGUGUAUAGUGUCAAAUAAUUAUCACAUAAAAUCAAAUUUUCCGUUAUUUGUAAAAGUGAGACAUUACAUUACAUUUUGAGAAACAACUUCUGGUGAAAGCUCUACUUCCAAAUCUUACGUUUUUUUGUUUGCAUAAGGCACUUGUAAAUGAUUUCUGUAUAUAGUUGUUUUGGUUUGUGUGUUUUUAUAAAAUAAAAAAUCUAAAUGUGAA